ACAGCCGAAUCCCCUCACACACUCCUCCCUGUCUUUCCUGCGUGCAACUGUGUGGAGACGACACACGCUUCAUACACUGCCCCACACACACACACACACACACACACACACACAGGCAGAACCUGGUUCAGGCUAAGGAUUGUCCAUUCGUUGAAUUUUUUAAUGAAAUGGAUGUGAGGAGAGUUUUGGCUUUUUCAGUGCUGAUGCUCGGUGUCCUGACCUCUGCAUCCACAGUGCUUGGAGGCCAACAUAUAUGCAAGAGGGGCACCAAUAAGCCCUGCUACAAAAUUGGCUACUUUGAGGAUAGAGGGCGCAAGCAAAACUUUGAGGAGGCACAGAAAGCAUGCAAGAAUGAUGGAGGAGAGCUGCUCAGCAUCGAGUCAUUGGCAGAGCAAAGUCUCAUUGAAGGCUUUAUUCAGGAGCUGAAAGCUUCAGAUGGUGACUUUUGGAUCGGUCUACGCAGAGAGCCAAAUUACGAGGAAAGCAGCACUGACUGCGAGUCUCAGUACUACUGGCUGGAUGGCAGUCGAUCACAUUUCAGGAACUGGCACAUAGAUGAGCCCUCCUGUGGUUACGAGGUGUGUGUGGUGAUGUACCACCAACCAUCAGCUUCUUCAGAUGAGGGAAACAGGUACAUGUUCCAGUGGAAUGACGACAACUGUGAGACGAAGAACAAUUUCAUCUGCAAGUAUACCAGAGAUAUCUUCACGACAAGAAUGACGACGGCGACGGAAGUAGCCAGAAAGCCGUCAUCAACCGUUCACAAUGAUGGGAUGAGCGAUGUGGUUGUUCAGCCUACAGAUAACGUAAUGAACAUUGUUUACAUCAUACUCCCUACGAUACCUCUACUGCUGCUCCUGGUCGUAGCAAAUGGAGUUUUCUGCUUCAAGCUGUUCGCUAAAAGACGAAGAAAGCAAACAGAGGCUACGGUAGAUAAGCAUGGAACCUGGGCCCCGGGAGAGAGAUGCAGCAGCCCGAGUCCAGAUGUGUACAAAGUGAUCCGGAGGCAGCAUGAGAUUGACCUGAGCGACACCCGGCCUCACACCAAGAACACCUCCUUCCUGGGAUCCUCCCCAGACACACCGACUGACGAGUAUGACAAUCUUGGAGGCAAAGACACCGAGAGUGGUUUCGUCACACUGGCCAGCACGGAGAGCGGCUUCGUCAGCAACGACAUGUACGAGUCCUACCAGAACAGGUCCAGCACCAGGUACCACCGAGAAAACAGCUGGCUGGAUAACGAGCUCUACAGCUACUGAACAAGACUUUAUCCUAACACAGUAUUUGUGUUGCCUCAGGUCUGGGAUGUCCUCAGAAAUUUCAAAGAAUAGCGUAAGACCUAUUUCCGUCGUCCACGUCGACGGGCACCGAGCUGAUAAAUAAACAGCAGUGAACUUGGCAUCUUGUAGGCAGUUGAGCAUUAUUUCUGAUUGAGUCUCCUAUGGCAGGCAAAAACAAAAAAAGGCUCCGAAUGUCAGAUCAUCUAAGAUAGUGAUCAGCUCCCUGUCUCUGGAAAUACAAAGACAUUUCUGAAGAUUAAGACACUUGAUCAAGUGUGCACUCCUGUACUGUACUCGCAUGGAAUGAGUGUUAACACAUGAAAAAUGACACUGAUUUGACGUCUUUACAGAUCUGUUUGUGAAAUGCUAAUUUCCUCUGAUUUGAUCGACUGCUUGUGGAAAGUAGGCUUUUGCUGACUUUCAAUGACUUUGCAUUAUAAAAUAUAUGUACUGUUUUUUGUUGUUGUUUUUUUUCAGGAUGAAUUCACGUCAGUUGAUGUUAACUGAAGACCCUUUUGAGUUGGUCAUGUCUCCUGGAUGUACAUGCGGAAACUCUUUACUUACAUCGAUGUAACUGCUGGUUGUGCGUAAAAUCGUUCUGUAUCUGCUUGUGCCUCGUCGUGUCGGGUUCGCAUGGCCCAGUUAUGCUGCUUUCCUUCGUAUUGCAUAAUCUUCGCAUUGGCCUUACGUAUUAAAAUUUGUAGGACUUGGAUCUAAAUAAAUGCAUUGCA